GCCUGGACGACGUGCUCCCGGCGUCUGUGUUCGUGGGCUGCGGAGCUGGGCGGCGCCGACUGGUGCGCGCGGGGUUCCGGGGCUACCUGCGGCUCCGAACGCGUGCCCUGCGGCUGCCUCGUAUUAGGGGACCGGGCCGCGAGGUCGUCUCCGCGACUCCGGGGGUGGUGUCUUCUUGCUCACGCUCAGUUAAGCCGCCUUAUACCAGAGUUGGCAUUUGUGUUUUCCGUGCCUGAACCUCCAAUAAGUGCCUUCAUCCUUGAUAUUUGUGUUUGUGACAGGCUCCUGAGGUUCCUGGCCAGAAGCUGGAGGGGACUUUGACAAUAAGAGGGAGGAGAAACGACUCAGUUGUGCUUUCUAGCUCUGAGACAGAAAAUGUCUGCAGACGGUGGAGGCAUCCAGGCUGCCCAGGACAAGGAGAGAGCCCGAGAGGUUCCAGGUCAUGGGCAUCCUUGUCAAGAAAUACUUGCUCAGUCAAAGGAGACGGUGCCUUUGGGAGCCACCCAGGAGUCACCCCACAUCAAGACAGAGCCUCAAGAGCCACACCCCGAGGGGGCAUCGCAGGAGGACAGGGCUCAAGUUGCUCAGGGCUGGGUGCCCCUGAGCCAGGGCUCCAAGGAGAAAGCUCUCCUCCUGCCUGGUGGAGCCCUCCCCUCCCCCCAGGUCCCUGUGCUUUCCCCUGAGGGGAGGACCAGAGACCAGCAGAUGGCCGCGGCGCUCCUCACUGCCUGGUCCCAGAUGCCAGUGACCUUUGAGGACGUGGCUCUGUACCUCUCCCGGGAGGAGUGGGGGCGGUUGGAUCACACACAGCAGAGCUUCUACCGGGAUGUCCUGCAGAAGCGGAACAGGCUGGCCUUGGGGUUUCCCUUCAGCAGAACUUUCUGGGCCUCCCAAGUGCAGAGCAAGGGCGAGGCCUCAAGCUCGUGCCAGCAGACGGGAGAUGAGGAGAAGAGAGGAGCGUUGGAGGUGGGGAAGGAGGAGACGCCGCCAUCCCCAGCACCCCCUGGGGAUGUGAAGUCCUUCAGGACCAGGGCAGGGAGAGCCCAGGGGGAUGUACUGCAGUGUGGGCGGCAAGCAGCCAGCGGCCAGAGCGCGGGGCCAGCCAAUGAUGAUGGGCAGCCAGGUCUCCUGGAGGAGAGACAGCUGCAAACAGCCCCUCCUGACAACGGCCUCCCAGAGAAACCCAGCGAGGAGGAGACCGGUGUCCCAGAGAGCAGCGAGGAGGGCCUGGCCCCUGAUGGCGAUGGUGACGCCAGCAAGAAGACCUACAAGUGUGAGCAGUGCGGCAAGGGGUUCAGCUGGCACUCCCACCUGGUGACGCACCGGCGCACGCACACGGGGGAGAAGCCCUAUGCCUGCACGGACUGCGGCAAGCGCUUUGGCCGCAGUUCGCACCUCAUCCAGCACCAGAUCAUUCACACGGGUGAGAAGCCCUACACCUGCCCCUCCUGCUGGAAGAGCUUCAGCCACCACUCGACGCUGAUCCAGCACCAGCGCAUCCACACGGGUGAGAAGCCCUAUGUGUGCGACCGCUGUGCCAAGCGCUUCACCCGUCGCUCGGACCUGGUCACCCACCAGGGCACACACACAGGCGCCAAGCCCCACAAGUGUCCCAUCUGCAGCAAGUGCUUCACUCAGAGCUCGGCCCUGGUCACCCACCAGCGCACCCAUACCGGGGUCAAGCCCUACCCGUGCCCCGAGUGCGGCAAGUGCUUCAGCCAGCGCUCCAACCUCAUUGCGCACAACCGCACUCACACCGGCGAGAAGCCUUACCACUGCCUUGACUGCGGCAAGAGCUUCAGCCACAGCUCGCACCUCACAGCCCACCAGCGCACCCAUCGCGGCGUCCGGCCCUACUCCUGCCCCCUCUGCGGCAAGAGCUUCAGCCGGCGCUCCAACCUGCACCGGCACGAGAAGAUCCAUACCACGGGGCCCAAGGCCUUGGCCAUGCUGAUGCUGGGGGCAGCGGGGGCUCUGGCGUCACCCCCCCCUGCACCCACCUAGGAGGCUAGGAGCGUGGGGGCAGGCCCCGGGGGAGGAGCAGGGCAGUUGCAGCGCCUGUAAGGGGGGGCAAGGGAAGGGAGUAGGGGAGGUGCUGGCAUGGGGGUGGGGCAUGGCAACAAGGGAGGAGCUAGGAUGAGGGGCAGGUACACUCGCUGCAAAUUAAAGGCCUUGGAAUCUAGCCUCGGCCUAUUGCUCUGUCUUGGGGGGCCUUGGUGACUGACCCCAGACUGGGAGGCUCUUGGGUCAACUAUGUGUCCUCAGGCAUCCCUGAGUCAUUACUCUCAGGGCUUGGGCCCCCUCUUCCUCAGCUUUGACCUGGCUUGGGGCCCAAUCCAGAUGAUUGGGACCAUAAGUCUCCAGGCAAAGACUUCUUAACACAGAUUUCAGGACCUGAAUUUAACCAGCCACUAAUGGAAUUGUGGACCCCCUGGCAGAUGGUCUGCUGCUGUCAUCACUCUUGUCCCAGGGGCAUUGCUCACUGAGUCCUGGACCCUCUCUUGACUCGUUAGGAGCCAGGAGUGGGACAGAUCCAGCUUGGGAACUCAUGCUCAUUGCCUCCUGCCUGUCCUGUCUCCUUCUCAGGAACGGGGCCAAGUUUUGUGAUUGGACAUUUUCCAUCUGCUUCCACUGGGGUCUGGCUGUAAUCCAAUGAGGAUUCCUCGCUUACCAGGGACCAGUAUCUCUCCUGAUCCCUUCUGAGGCUGCGGCCAGCUCCUUCUGCUAACUCGUCUCUUUGCACAUGCCCUUUAUGAUUUGCCCUACCCACCCCUGCCUGGCUGUUUUACUCCUGGCCUUCUGGUUUUUGACCUCUAGUUUCUAUUUCCCCUUCUCUACUAUUUUUCCUGGGAGGGGUGGGCUCAGCCUGCUUAUUAUAGAAGAUUUGCAGCUCAGCUCCCAAGAUAACGUGCAGUUCUGACCUUGAGGACAUCUGCAUCAGAGAGGCCUUUGAGAUCCCACCUGUCUCUGGGGAUCACAGGGC